UCUAACAUAAAUUAUAUAGCAUAUUGGGCAAACAAGGCAGUUGAAGAUUGGAAUGUGAUCGACUACUUUAUAAAACUAGUGGAGGAAGAACCAACAAUAGACAAAAAGCUAGCAACAGCCAAGAUUAUAAGAGAUCUAGAGCUUGUCCAGGCAGCUUUGAUCCACAUAACUGAAGUGAAGAAUAAGACAACUACCAUGAUGAGCUUAAUAAAGAAGAAGAGUCUGGUGAUUUCCACCUUCUGGGAAAAGCAUUCUUCAAGAUUGAAAAUGAUUUCACUUGAUCACAAGUUGUAUGUCAGGGAGACUCAAGCUCUACUUAAAGAAGAAGCA